UCUACGAGCAACAAGCUAAACUCUGGCUAAACGCUGUCUUCUCCUUUUAACGUUACCCACCAGACGCUGUUUUAAACAUUUAGCCGCUGAAAAAUAGCUCAGCCGCGGCGGUUACCCGAAGGCUUGGGGAAAUGUAUAAUUUGUUCAUCCUACCUGUCAGUCGCUAACCCCAGGAUGAAUGACGACGUAUCAUCUGGGGUGUCGCAUUGAAAUGUGUCCGACGUGGGGGGAAAAAAAUGCUUAGAAAACACAAAUUAUCGUAUUAGCAAAUUGUCAAAUGUAAUGUCAUUUGAAAUGCAUAUGCUAAUUCUAUUUUUUAUGUUUUGAUCAUACUCAAUUGCGUCUUCUAAGCUGUUUUAUACACGUGAUCGUCAAAAGCACAGGAACUCGUUUGUUGCGCAGCCGGGAGCGAGUCGAACUGUAUUAUUGACCGACCCAAACAUCAGGAGGAGGAAAGGCGAAACGUCUGCGUUCAUUAAAGACUGGAGUUAUUAUUUUCUGUAAUAUUGCAGGAAUACGCGAAUAAGAUGUCUGACGAGGAAGAGGACUACAUGUCUGACGCAUUUCUCAAUAAAAUACAAGAUGUGAAGCCUGGUCUUCCCAUGUUGAAGCGAGUGAAAGAGGCCAUGAAGAAGGAGGCACAACAAACUGAGAAAAAUGCCAAGAACCGUCAGAAGACCUACAAAGAGCAAGAACAGGAGAGCAGAGAGGCGGCUCUGCAUAACUCCAUCAGCAAUGAGAACAAAGGCUUUGCACUUUUGCAGAAAAUGGGUUACAAAGCUGGACAAGGCCUUGGGAAGGAGGGAGCAGGGAGGGUGGAUCCAAUCCCACUUAAUAUCAAAACUGACAGAGGCGGCAUUGGAAUGGAGGAGGUCAGGAAAAGAAAAGCCGAGGAGGAGCUCGAGCAUUAUCGACAGAAAGUGCGCACCAAACAGCAGAAUGAGACAAAAUCCAUGGAAGAUUUUAGGGUGAGGGUGAGGACAGAAAGAGAGGAGCGGAAGAUUGAAGGAGAUCUCAGGAGGAGUCAGCGGGCCUGCGAGCAGCUGGACAGUCAAAAGAGCAUCACCGUCCCCAGAGAAGACUGGUACUGGCCCAAAUCAGGCUCUGAUGAGGAAGAGGAAGAGGAUGUCGAAGAAAAAGAAAAGGAGGAAGAGGAUGAAGUGGUGGAAUUAACUUCCCUUGACAAGCUGCAGAUUUUGACGUCCUACCUCAGAGGAGUCCACUUUUACUGCAUAUGGUGUGGGACCACGUACAACGACGAAGAGGAUUUGUGCUCCAACUGUCCCGGGAAUACAGCAGCAGACCACGAAUGAACUGCAUCAUAGAAAAAUGUGCAGGUUCCUGUGGGUGGAAGAGCCGUGACAGUAUAUUUGACUCUAGAAAGAUUAUAUUUCCACAUAAGAGCAGACAAAAUCCUGUGAGAUAUGUUCAUCAUGCAUCACACUAAAGGUCACUGAAGCAGCAUAUGCGGAGGAAUAUUGAGUGUCUCGCUCAGUUUUUAUACCAUCUUUGCAAGGAAACCUCACUUCCAGCUGUUUUGGUGCAGUGUUUCGUUUUUCUCUGUGGACAGAAUGCAGAGACAGUUUUGUAAAUUGUGUAUUAUUUAUGAUUUUGACAACAUAUUGGCUCCCCUUUUUAAUGAUUUCAAAACAGUCCCUUACAUGUGUUCAUUAAAACUUUUACAUUUUCUACUCUUUGCUACUGCCAGA